AAUGCCCGAUCUGACAGAUUCGAGAGCCGCCACGCGGAGGAAGCCGUGCCUCACCUGAACGACCGGCGACUGCAGGGGAUGCUGGUGAGCAUGCGGACGGCCGACCGGGAUCGAGACGGCGUCCUCCAUCCCAAGGAACUCCAGGAGAUCCUCAACAAGUAUCACGUGACGGUGACCCCGGGCCAAAUGCUGACCCUGAAGGAGAAGUUCACCGACCGCCGCUACCCGGGGAUGGUCAAAUACGAGAGUUUCGUCCAGUUCCUCCUCCUCUCGAAGAACAUGGCCUCUCUCCCCAAAGACAGUCGACUCAAGGCCGCGCAGGAAGUCGGGAUGGCAAGCCGAGAGGAGACAAAACUGAUCGCGGAGUUGGGGAGAUUCCUCCCGACGGGGAAGCAGUUGGAUCUGGACAAAUUCCGCCGUAUCUUGUACGAGAUGGACAGGAAUCGAAACGAGAUCCUCUCCAAACCACAGGUGGAAUACGUGCUGGAGAGGCAGACCUGGGGCCUUCCCGGCGAGGUCCAGGACCAACUGCUGCGAUGCUCCGAGAAAUCCCCCAACACGGUCUCCAUCCCGAGACUCAUGGAUCUGCUGGAAAGGGCAAGGCCGAAGGACUCCUAUUCUUCCACUCAGUCCGUCGCUCUCGGGGAGAAUUAUAAGCCGCGGCCUGUGAGAGAACCGCAGGCCCCGCCCCAUCAGGAAAGGGAUGGAUAUCGAGAAAUGAUCGUCAUCGAGGAAGAGCAGGAACCCGUCGAGGAGGGACAGAUGUAUGCACAGGAGGAGGAAGAAUACGAAGAGCCCGUGAUGUUGCCUAAAUUCGACCGAAACCGGUGGAUGAACGACUUUCAGUCCAUGGCUAACGCACUGCUCACGGCCAGCGAAGACGGGUACAUGACCCACGACGAGAUCCGCCACUUCUCGUCCACCUUCAACCUCGUGUACAACCUGGAGAUCCCAGAGGAACUGAUGGAGUUGAGCCUGAGCCAGAGCCUGAUCCUGGACCCGCACACCCACCAGCAAGUGAUCCACAUCCAGACCUUCAACUACAACCUUCAGCAGGCCUGCAUCGAAGCCUGGCAGCUCUGAGACGCUGGCUGCUGCCUCUCACUACUCAUUUUUGUAACUGUCUGUUCGAGAGUGAAUGCACUCGGGGGGAGAAUAUCUUUCUGGAAUUUAAGCCUUACCUCGGAUCCACAACACUCGUUCCCCUGCG